UUGUAAGACAAUUGUAUUUGUUACAUGUAUUUAUGUUAAGGGAGAUAAUUGUAUUUGUUACAUAUAUUUAUGUAAAGGGUUAGCUAUAAUUAUGUGUUGAUUGAUAGGUGUUAUUCAUUAUAUAAAUGGCGAAUUGAUGCACUAACCAGAAAAUUUUCUCACUUAAUGAUAAUGUGAUGUUAUAUUGGUUAUUUUAGUUAACCAAUUAACCAAACCGAUUAAACUUUAGUUUGGUUAAUUUGGUUGUUGUAUUAGUUUAGGGAUGGCAAUAAAACCCGAACCCACGGGUACCCACCCGACCCAAUCCGGUCAACGCGGGUAAAAUCUGUGUUGACGGGUUUUGAGCCGGGUUUGGGUUUAAACCCGUUCACUAUUUAACCGGCUGGGUUUGAGUUUAGGUAAACUCGCCCCAUGGGUAUCCACCCACACCCAUAUAAUUAAUUUUCUAGGUAUAUUUAAUAUUCUAAACAAUUAGUCUUAUUUAUGUUUGUGGAGACAUGUCUAAUUUUUUCUUUCUAAUUGUGUAGAAUGAAGUUGAUGUUAUCGAGUGGAGAGUGAAGAAAAUUGAAAGGAAGAAGCUUUCAAUUAAUCAUGUAUUUAUGGAUAAUUUGUGAUUUGCUUCAAUUUUCUUGAGUUUUCUAGAUUAGUGUUGAACACUUUGUAUAGUUAAUUUGUGAUUUACUUGAAUUUUCUAGAAUGGUGUUUUAUAUAUGGAUACUUUGUAUUGAGAGAUUGAUAUUUGACUUUAAUUUUGAUAAGAGCUUGUUAUUGUAAAUUUUUUACGACAAAAACCCGCGAGUACCCAUGUUGCGCGGUUCGGUAGUGUUGCGUGGCAAAGAGGGGGAAUGCCCCCGAUCACAUUUGAGGUGAUUCCACGAGCUCAUCGAUGGGAUCAAUAUAAAUGGGGUUCUAGUCGAUGCCAUCCAGCUGAGGUACUUCCCAUUUACUAUGGAGGGGCAGGCCAACGAGUGGCUAGACACUUGACCUCCAGGUUCAAUCACCACGUUCGCCAACCUGGCGGACAAGUUUCUCACUCGCUACCAUCCUCCGUCCAAGACGGCGGACCUGCAGAAGCAAAUUACCCACUUUGCUCAGGAUGAAGAUGAGACCAUCCGGGAUGCUUGGGAGAGAUACACCAGUCUCUUCCUCAAGUGUCCCAACCAUGGUUUUACUGACGCCUUCAAAGUGGGCACCUUCUACCAUGCCCUCUUACCGGAAGACAAGCAGCUAAUUGACUCGGUAUGUGGCGGGAACAUGCUCACCAAAACACCGCCACAGCUGAAUCAACUCUUUGAAGAGAUGGCAGAGCAGGGCUAUGACUGGGGAACUGCGAGAAGAUCGAGACGAGCACCAGGGCGGGGUGUGCAUGCUGUAGCCACCCAGUCAUCUGAUUUGGUGCAGGUGGUGUCGAAGCUGGUUUCAGCCAUCGAUCGCUCUGGGAUGAUUGCAGGUACUGGACAACAGCAGGCGAUGCACUGCCAGUGGUUUGUGAGUUCUCAUCACACCGUGGAGGAUUGUUAGGCAAUGAGGGAGUCUUCCACCCCCCAGGAGCAGGUGGACUUCAUCGGCAAUGCCAGGCGCUUCGAUCCCUACAACAACACUUACAACGAGGGGUGGCGCCAGCAUCCCAACUUCUCCUGGGGUGGGGCAAAUUCUAGACCACCAGUCCCCAAGGACCACCUGGCUUCCAGAGGCCUCCUUACCAGCCCAGACAAGGGCAAUUUCAGCAGCCGCAAUAGCCUCUCUACCUGCCGGACAGGGGCUAGUUCUACCUCAGUCAGAGGUGCAGCCAUUUCAUCAGACAGAGGCAGCGCCUGCAGCCCCAAUACAAAGUGACCUGAUGGCUGAAUUGUGGGACUUGGUGGGUUCUCUUGCCUGUUCAAGUGCUCAGAAAUUCAACACUAUCGAGCAGUUCAUGGAAAAAGCCUCGGGUAAAUUCCUGGCUCUUGAAGCUGGCCAGAGGAACACACAGGCUAUCUUGAAGGAUAUCCAGACCCAGAUUGGGAGUGUUGCCCAGGCUGUAGCUCAGAGGACUCCUGGUACUCUACCCAGUCAGACUAUCCCUCAUCCGCAGGACCCAAAUGAACACUGCAAGGCCAUUACCACCAGGAGUGGCAAGGUGACUGCUGAUCCACCUGUUCGGGCACAAGAGAGAGAGACCCUUGCUUCAGCACUUCCAGCUAAUGAGGAGGAAAUGGAGAAGGAGGUUGAGGGACCUGCUCCUAAACCGCAACCAGUGGUGAAGGAGUAUGUACCGCAACUUCCCUUUCCUACUCGGUUGCACAAAGACCGACUGGAGACUGAGUUUGCCAAGUUCAUGGCAAUGCUGAAGCAGGUAAACAUAAGCAUGCCCUUCGUGGAGGCAUUAUCGAAGAUGCCCAAGUAUGCCAAGUUUAUGAAGGAUCUCCUCACCAACAAGAGGAAGCUUGGGGAGCUGUCAAUGGUGAUGCUCAACGAGGAGUGUUCUGCCAUCCUGCAGAACAAACUACCAGAGAAGCGAAAAGACCCAGGGAGUUUUACUAUCCCUUGCAUGAUUGGUAGUUUUCAUAUAGGGAAGUCCUUGGCGGAUUUAGGCGCUAGCAUAAAUGUUAUGCCAUAUAAACUGUUUAAAAAGCUAGGCCUAGGUGAACCUAGUGAUACUAGGAUGAUCAUUCAACUUGCUGAUAGAUCCAUUGUGCAUCCUAGGGGCAUUGCAGAGGACUUGAUAGUCACAGUAGGGCCGUUCUCAUAUCCUGUUGAUUUUGUGAUUUUGGACAUAAAUGAGGAUGUGGAUGUGCCAUUAAUAUUGGGUAGACCUUUUCUCGCCACCUCCAAGGCGCUCAUUGAUGUGAAUGAUGGGAAAUUGAUUUUGCGAGCUGGGGGUGAACAAAUCACCUUAUCUGUUUCUGAUAAUAUGAAACACCCCUAGCUCCAUGAUGAUCUAGACUACUGUGAUGUUGUUGCUGAUUUUGAGACUACACUCGCCGUCACUAGUGCGGGUACUGAUGAUUUCCUCGAGCGUUGUCUUUUGCUAAGGGAACAUGCAUCACAGGACGUGCAGCUAGAGGAGCAGCUCGCGGAGCUAGACGAGGCCGCGAUCGAGGGGCGAGAGAUACAUUCAAGCUGAUCCCUAUCUCGCCCCGGAUCGCUACAUCAUUGGAGGAGCCACCAGAGCUGGAGCUUAAGCCCAUCCCCUGUCACCUGGAGUAUGCAUUUCUCC